AUGCAUUCAAAGAGGUAUUUUAUUCAAAAAAACAAAGAGUGCAAUGCAAUGCAGUUUUUGGUUAUUGUUACAAGUCUGUUUGCACCCUUUCUGGCAGUUAAGUCAGAUUCAAGCAUUUAUGGUAGCUGGGAACCGGUUAUUCCAAGAAGUGAUGGUGGUGCUGUUGGUCAAAGUUUAGGUAUGCAAACUGUUCACAGUGUGCUGUUACCCUCUGGUAAAGUUCUCAUGACAAGCGGUAGUAGUUGGCGCAAUCUUGGACCCGUUGAGUUUUAUCCUGAUUUUCCGAAUCCAAAAGCAGGUCGGGGAAUCUGGAACAAAGAUCAAGAUCCAUUUCAUAAUUCAAAACUAGACGAAUAUUAUCAGUUGGUUAAUAAUGCUGGUGUUUAUGAUCCGAAAGAAAACACAUUUUAUCGUAUUUCACACCCAACCCCGGUUGAUGAUCCUUUAGUUAAAGAUCAUUUUGCACCAAACGAUUUGUUUUGUACAGGUCAUCAACAUCUCCCUGAUGGAAAUAUACUAUUUGCUGGUGGCACGCAGUACUAUUAUCCGUAUCGCACGGGACACCGUGCAACGUAUAUAUUUGAUUGGAAAAAGGAGCUAAAUAUUACAUGGUCAACAGUUGACUGGCGUCUGAUCCCAGAACCUUUGGCAGAAAAUCCGUGGAUAUUUAGUGGUUUUAUGGAACGUGGCAGAUGGUAUACAAGUUUGGUACCUCUGCUAGACGGGCGACUGGCUCUGUUUGGCGGUUAUGUUGGGUUUGACGUAGGUUAUCCGGAGAUGUAUCAGUUUGAAACGAAUUCAUUGGUUGAAUUCUUUGAUCCAAGUCUAUUCGAGACAAAUAACACUCAAGCGGCAUGGACAGCAGUUGAUGUGAAAGCUUCACCAAACGGCCCAUUCACUUCGCUAAUUAACCAACCUUUUCAACCUACACCAGGUGUUAACUGCGAUGACAGAUGCAAACUCGACAAUCAGUAUGAUGUAUUUAAACUGUAUCCGGAAAACUACCUUCUCGACGACGGUCGAAUAUUCAUGACAAGGGAGGGUGACUGGGUUAGUAUGCGAACGAGUGACACGGCACAUAUGCGUCGAACAAAUCGAACAUAUUUUGUAACGAUCAAAGAAACGAAGAUUACAUUUAAGCCUGGACCAAGCCGGUUGGAUGAAGCCACAUCGUAUGGAACUUCAUUCUUGGACCCAAAUAGUCAGUCGAUUAUGAUUCUAGGUGGCCAACCCACAUCAAGUGGAACAUUUCUUUAUCAACAAAAAGAAAAUUAUUAUGCUGGUGGUAGAGGUAGUCGAAAGUUGGAGCAGUUUCAUUUGUCCAGUGAGCAUUGGACAAUAGAUCGUAAUUUUCUUGAUGAAGAUCGUACGAUGCACUCGGCUCUCAUCCUGCCUACACGACAAGUUUUGAUUAUUAAUGGAGCUAAUUAUGAUUUUUACGGACCGAUCUUCUACCCCAUCUUACUCACGCCUCGUUAUAAUGACCAAAAUGCAUUUAUUGGCUACCGUAAACAAAGAAUGAAUGUUGGCGUUCAGCCGAGAUUGUAUCAUAACACAGCCAUCUUACUGCCGGAUGGUCGGAUAUGGAUUUCAGGCGGUAAUUCAGCACGAGCAACAGUUCGUAAUACAAUCAUUCCUCAGCAGCAAACGAAUAUAACGCAACAGCCAAAGCCAAAUUUAGACUCAGUCGAUUUGGACAUGUAUUUUAUUGAUGAUGGUCCACUUGGUCGGCAUCAGAAAGGAAUGCUCGGUGUUCCCACUGAAAUAUGGGCUGCUGAAAUAUUUAGUCCACCAUAUUUGUUUAUCGAUGGAAAUCGACGUGCGUCGAUUCGUGAUAUUCAACUGUUGACACCACCAAAAGCUUAUAAUUACAAAUCCGUGAUCCACGAGAAAACAUAUUAUCUAUUAAAAAGCAACAAGAACUAUAACAUCAUAUUAGAUGGCUUGCCAAUGAGGUGUGGUAAGAGUAUUGCGUCACUCGUGAUGAUCAAGCUACCAUCAAAUACACAUGGCUGGGAUGGUGGACAAAAAUUCGUUGAACUACCUUAUACAGUUGUGCCAUCGAAUGCCAUAAACAACGGGACAGGACAGAUUCACCUCCGGACGCCCAACGCUCAAACAGCUAAUAUUCCGCCUGCAUUUUACAUGUUAUUUUAUGUUGACUGUAAAGGAAAACCGUCGGAAGCACAAAUGGUUCGAUUUGAUGAUCGAGCACAAGAAUUAUAG